AUGCCCGCCGCCCCCCCCGGCCGGCCCCCCCGCCCGCCCCCUCCUGCCGCAGCCUCACUCCCCGCCUCCCCUCCGCCGCCUCCAUCCUCCUCCUCCUCCUCCAUCGCGCCGCUCGGCCCCCGCGUCCCUACCUGCGGCGGGGGCCGCCCGUCCCCCCGCGCCCCCCUCCCGUCCCCCCGCGGCGCUCAGAGGCGGCCCCGGGCCCGGCCGCGGCCCCGCAUCGCCCGCCGAGCCGCCGCGCCGCCCCCGCCGCCGCAUCCUGCGGCGGGCCCGGCCCGGGGCGGGUCCCCGCCAGCGCCGCCCCCGCGGGGCCCGGCGGGGCCGGGGGGCGGCAGCGAGCGCUGGGGGAGCCAACGCCGCCCCCCGGCCCCGCACGGCGCCCCGGCCGCGGGGCAUCCCGCGGGGCAUCCCGCGGGGCUCUCGGUGCCCCGCUGGGGAUGCUGCCGCUCCCUCCGCCCCGCGGCGAAGCCCCCGGAGCCGCCCGAGCAGGUGGCGAACAGCCGGACAGGGGAUGCGUUUCCUCCCACGCCGGGCAGCCCGGGCAGGGUGCGGAGCGGCGGGGAGGCGGCGGCAGGGCCACACCACCUCCCUGCCUCUCCCGAAGCCGGAGAGCAGCGCUCGGCCACGGGCUGCGGCUUGCGAACACUUUUGUCUACGUGCUGCGGCUCGCCGGGCUUGGAGAACCCCUCUGGGACACGGCUGCAGCCAGAAAAAACCUCUCCUCGGCCUUCCCGCCGGCAAAUCACUGCCAGCCCCAUCGCCAUCCGCUUCCUCCCGGGCAGAGGAUGA